AUGACUGAAUCAACUUCUGCUAAUACUGGACAUCUGAGUCAUUGGUCCUCUCCAGAGCCAGAUUGUGGGAAGAAAAGAUACAAUGUGGGUGCUGGGCUAUUCAAUCCUCGUUUGUGGACAUGUUUUCUUAAUUGCAUCCUCCAAUGUGCUUCUAUCGGAUUCUGCUGUUUCUGCUCCCUGAAACUGCAUGCUGAUGAAUCUAUCAGACUUUCUGGAAGUGCAUUCUACCCUGAGAGAUUUGUAAAUCACCUGAAAUCAAUUUCAUCAAAUUUUGAGAGUGGAGUACAGCAAGAUGCGCAGGAGUUCUUUUUCGACUUGCUUGAAAAAUUGGAUGAGGCAUAUGUCGCUCCCAGGUCGUCAGAGGAACCCUCUUCAACUGAAGAAGGGGGCAUUGCAAAACAAAUAUUUGGAGGCCGCCUAAAAAGCCAGCUGCGAUGCCCAGAGUGCAAACGUUGCUCGGAUAAAUCUGAGCCUUUUAUUGAUCUUAGCUUGGAGGUUACCAUGGUGGAGAGUCUGAUGGAUGCAUUGCAUUCUUUUACAAAAGUUGAGUUGAUUGAAGACUUCAUGUGUGAUGGAUGCAAUUCUCGUGUGAACAUGGAAAAGCACUUUAAGGUAGAGCAGGCACCUGAAGUUCUUGUAAUCCAUCUGAAGAGGUUCACUAAUUCUAGGGGUAAGAUUUGGGACAAGGUCAAGUACCCGUUAGAGCUGGAUAUAAACUCCUUCAUGAGCUCCUCGGAUGAUACACCACAAAAAUAUGAUCUAUAUGGAGUUGUAGUACACCAUGGCAUAUAUGGCAGGGGUCACUAUGUUUGUUAUAUCCGGUCAUCUGUAGAUGAUUGGUACGAAUUCAAUGAUGAUAAGGUAUGCAGAUGUUUUGAGGCUAGCGUUUUGGACAGUGCAGCAUAUCUUCUUUUCUAUGUGAAGCAAGGUUCAUCCCCUUGGUUCUCUACCUUGCUUGAGAAAGAAGACAAGUUUCCACAGGAUGGUUCAGUAAGCUUGGCAGAACAAGGUACCAGUGAAUUUGCUCUCGUCAACAACAAAGAUGAGUCAACAUUUUCUCAUGGGCGAGAUAAUUCAGGUUACUGCUUGUUUGGACCAGCAGAGGAGAAUGGUAACGGGUCUAGUUUGCCGGAAUUCUCUCAGGACAUACAACAGAAUGGAAAUGGCAAUACCUUGUCAGAUUCGACAGACAAACUGGCAGAAGGUUGCUGCUUGGGUGGAAUGUCAGGAGGAACACAAGAACUGAGCUGCCUUACUGGGUCAAGCGAUAAGAAUGGCCAUGCUGAUGGGUUUUUGGAGCCAUGGGAGAAGGAAGAUGUUAGCCUAAGGGGCUCACUGGACACAGAUGAAAUAAACCCAAGCACUCAUGGAUCUUCAGAAAUUGAUCCCACAGUCACAGAGGGAGGUUCACCGCCAAAGAUCUGCAGCUUACUCCAAGUGUCACAUAAAUAUGACGACAAGCCAUGGGAGAAGGAAGAUGUCAGCCCAAGUGGGUCGCUGGACACGAAGGAAAUGAACCCAAGCACACAUGGAUAUUCAGAAGUUGAUCCCGUAGUAACACCGGGAGGUUCACCGCCAAAGGGUGAGAACAUCUGCAGCUUACUCCAACUGUCACAUAAGUAUGAUGACAAGUCAUGGGAGAAGGAAGAUGUCAGCCCAAGGGGAUCACUGGAAACGAAGGAAAUGAACCCAAGCACACAUGGAUCUUCAGAAUUUGAUCCCGCAGUCGCAAAGGGAGGUUCAUCGCCAAAGGGUGAGAACAUCUGCAGCUUACUCCAACUGUCACAUAAAUAUGAUGACAAGUCGUGGGAGAAUGUCAACCCAAGGGGAUCACUGGACACGAAGGAACUGAACCCGAGCACACAGGGAUCUUCAGAAGUUGAUCCCGCAGUCACACAGGGAGGUUCACCACCAAAGAGUGAGAACAUUUGCAGCUCACUCCAACUGUCCCAUAAAUAUGGCAACAACUGCAGUUGCAGGAAUUUCUCCUCUCAGGAAAAUGAAACCGGGGCUUAUUCUGGAGCACCACCUGUGGGGAUGUGCACCUCAGAGAACGAAACAGUAGAUUCCAAGUCCAAGUCUAACCUUGAAUUCGAGACAGCAGAUGGCGCUACUAGGGGCAAGUGCAAUCAGCUCUAGUGAGUUAGCCGAGUCCAUUCACAUAGAGUAGGCGCCUUCUGUAAUUCAGCCACUUACUGCUACAUGUGUACCUUGGUUCUUUUUGUUUCUCCUGAAACC